ACGUGAAAACUCAGCCAUUGCUGAGAGCCUGGCUGAGUGGAGUGUCACUCAGUGGAAGCAGUGGUGAUCGACGCAUCGUGCCCAGCGAACCAACCAACUUUCGCUUGAAACUCCUUCUUGUACGUUCAGGCCAACGUCCACAGACCGAGCAAGAUGUCUGCUGAGCAUCCAAUGUACACUCCAUUCUUCGGAGCUAUGGGAGCUGCCGCGGCCAUGGUGUUCUCUGCUCUCGGAGCCGCCUACGGAACGGCGAAAUCUGGAACCGGAAUCGCAGCCAUGUCGGUGAUGAGGCCUGAGCUCAUCAUGAAAUCCAUCAUUCCCGUGGUCAUGGCCGGUAUUAUUGCUAUCUACGGAUUGGUCGUUGCCGUACUCAUCAGUUCCUCGAUCUCGGCAACGAACUACUCGGCCGCCAAGGCUUUUUGCCAUCUGGGAGCUGGACUCGCGGUCGGUCUCUCGGGGCUUGCCGCAGGUUUCGCCAUUGGUAUUGUUGGUGACGCUGGUGUCCGUGGUACCGCUCAGCAACCUCGCCUCUUCGUAGGAAUGAUCCUUAUCCUCAUUUUCGCCGAGGUCUUGGGUCUUUACGGACUGAUCGUCGCUCUUAUCAUGUUUUCGAGUGCAUCAUCAUUCUAAGAAGUUAGUUAGAUGAGCGAGAGACCUUUAGCUAGAGCAGCAAUAUUCCAAAUUUUUUCCGCAAACGUUUCGUCUAUGAUUUGGCCUCUGUCUGAAUGUGCUGAAUUUAUUACAUCAUCAUAUCUCCCUCUUCACGGACACUUCGAACUGUUAGGCUUAGGCGAGAGUUCUCCUCCUGAGACUCUAAGGCCCCCGAACCUCAUACUGGUUCGAACCGUAUGGUGGCCGAAUCGGAAGACCUACAGGACUCUAAACCAAGUAGAAUGACAAUGUGAACGAGCAUACGAAGAGUAUACUUAAAGGAAAAUGAUUUAAGAUGGUUACUGUACAGUUUUACGUUCGUUGUAUUGUGAAUGCAUGAAUAAAACACGGAGCGAUUAUAACCAGCUAA